AUGAGUGAAUCUCCAAUGUUCGCUGCUAAUGGCAUGCCAAAGGUAAAUUCAGGUGCUGAAGAAGAUGUCAGAAUUUUGGGUUACGAUCCUUUAGCUUCUCCAGCUCUCCUUCAAGUGCAAAUCCCAGCCACACCAACUUCUUUGGAAACUGCUAAGAGAGGUAGAAGGGAAGCUAUAGAUAUUAUUUCCGGUAAAGACGACAGAGUUCUUGUCAUUGUCGGUCCUUGCUCCAUUCACGAUCUAGAUGCUGCUCAAGAAUAUGCUUUGAGAUUAAAGAAAUUGUCUGAUGAAUUGAAGGGUGAUUUAUCCAUCAUUAUGAGAGCAUACUUGGAAAAGCCAAGAACAACUGUCGGCUGGAAAGGUCUAAUUAAUGACCCUGAUGUUAACAACACUUUCAACAUCAACAAGGGUUUGCAAUCCGCUAGACAAUUGUUUGUCAACUUGACUAAUAUCGGUUUGCCAAUUGGUUCUGAAAUGCUGGAUACCAUUUCUCCUCAAUACUUGGCUGAUUUGGUCUCCUUCGGUGCUAUUGGUGCCAGAACCACCGAAUCUCAGUUGCAUAGAGAAUUGGCCUCCGGUUUGUCCUUCCCAGUUGGUUUCAAGAACGGUACCGAUGGUACUUUAAAUGUUGCCGUGGAUGCUUGCCAAGCCGCUUCUCAUUCUCAUCAUUUCAUGGGUGUUACUAAGCAUGGUGUUGCUGCUAUCACCACUACUAAGGGUAACGAACACUGUUUCGUCAUCUUAAGAGGUGGUAAAAAAGGUACCAACUACGAUGCUAAAUCCGUUGCCGAAGCUAAGGCUCAAUUACCUGCCGGUUCUAACGGUCUAAUGGUUGACUACUCCCACGGUAACUCCAAUAAGGAUUUCAGAAACCAACCAAAGGUUAAUGACGUCGUCUGUGAGCAAAUAGCUAACGGUGAAAACGCCAUCACUGGUGUCAUGAUUGAAUCCAACAUCAACGAAGGUAACCAAGGCAUUCCAGCUGAAGGUAAGGCCGGCUUGAAAUACGGUGUUUCUAUCACUGAUGCCUGUAUAAGUUGGGAAACUACUGAAGACGUCUUGAGAAAGUUGGCUGCUGCUGUCAGACAAAGAAGAGAAGUUAACAAGAAAUAG